CUUCGUCACUGCUAAAGACAGUCUCCUGGAAGCUGGGUGAUGAUGGCGCUGACCGGGCUGCUGUUGGUGGAGCUGGGUCUUUACGCCAGCUGCUUCGUCUGCGGGAUUGUGGCUGCCGCGUCCGUCACCAUUGUCCAGGGUCAUUUUGGAGGUCAGUGUAUUCUGUAUGGACUCGUCAACUACAAUUCCACUGCAGGCCUCAUCGAGGUGCAGUCGUCCAGCUCCCUGUCAGUCUGCUACUUUGUGUCGGCCGUAUCUGUCAUGGUGGCCGUGGUAUGUUUCUCUCUGUCACUGUACUGGGUCUACACACUCUGCAUCGACGGCGAAGUCAGAAGAGAGCGAGUGUGGAUGAACAUCAUUAUGGUCUUGUGCGGAAUCUUUCUGUUCUUCCUGCUCAUUGCAGGCUGCAUGCUGAAAAUCGGACGUGACUCGCUCUGUAACUCGAUCGUCAGUACUGUUCCCAACAUUACUAGAUGUGAGGAGGCCCAGACAAGGAAUUGGGUCAGUCCACUAAACGGAGAACGGUUCUACAACAGUCUGUUCAAAGCUGAGACGGCGGUGUGGGUCAACUUCUUCUUCUGGCUCAUCAUUGCCGGCUUGCUCAUCGCUCAGAGGAGGCAGACGUCAAUGUUGAAAGCCUUUACAGGAGGCUACAAUGGGCCGGCCGGUGGUCUUUUCGGUGACCCGGGGGUGACUGCUGCAGAGACUGAGCCUUUUUUCAACCGUCCUGCUAGGCCCCAGUGAGGACACGCGUGAUAGGAGGAGUUAGGAAAUAAAACGAACACAAAGUCAGGAUAGAGAGUAGAAAUGGGUAAAUACACUUCGCAUAUGCUCGUUUGUUUUUGUUUUUUUUCAUGUAUGCUCAUGCUAACAAAAGCUUCAAUGUUGCUGUUUUGCAAGUUUAUGUUUAUACUGCCAUCACCUGGAAUUAGGUCAGGAAUUAGGAGUGGAAGAGCAGGAUCUUCAGUUUUAUGUGCUGUCAUUCACAGUGUUUUUCUAUUAUUAUUUUGCACUGAAAUGAAUCAUACGUUUUGAAAGACGUGAACAUAGAGAUUCAACGAUCUUCUAGUUUUUAUGUUGUAUUCAUAAGCAACACAAGCGACCCCUAGUGGUUGCUUGUUUUAUGCCUGUCACCUGACCGGCCCAACAAUAUGUUCAGAAGAAAGGUUUGUUUCCGUGAUUUAGAAACGUCAAAAAUAAAUGUAGUGUUUUUCGACGAGGAUGGGAUUCGAACCCACGCGUGCAGAGCACAAUGGAUUAGCAGUCCAUCGCCUUAACCACUCGGCCACCUCGUCUUGUGAAACAUGUUGCUUUUGCUGUUGAAUUUUAUCUCGCAGAGAGCAAGUACAAAAAUCUCCACUUAAAAUUUCCUAUUUAUUGCAGUUCCCUUGGUAAAUUGUUGGAAUUUUCACCAAAACAUACAGCUAUGGGCCUGUAUUUACAUAACUUACUUUAGACGUUCAUUUUCCCAUUUACCAGUGAAUUUUUAUACCUCUAUUGUGAAAAGCAUGUGUGAUCCUGCACGGGUUGUUCUACUAUAUGACAUAUAGCUUCAUUAAUGUGGACAGGUUUUAUUUAUUUGAUUUUUGAAAAGUCUGAUUCAAGUGGAAAAUCUCUCUUGAUAACAGUUUGUUAGAGUGAUUUGCUCUGUACAAUGGUUUUCAAUGGAACGCACGAUCGGAUGUUAAACGAGUCGCAUUGCGUCGUUAUGCUUUUCAAAAUAUUAAACAGAACAAUUUAAACAUA